CGAGGCUGCCCCCGAACUGCACAAACAGACAAAGACGAGAAGCAGGGGAAGGGAGCAGGGGAGCACGCGCGCAUCCGAGAUGUGGAGGCGUCGGCUGGGCGCUCUUCUUCUCCGAUCUCCUUCCUCCUCCACCCCUUCCUCCUCUUCCUCCUACCAGCAGCACCACCACCACCUCAUCCCCACCCCCAAUGAGAAACCACUUGCUCUGAGCCUGCUCAGGCUAUUCGCGUCCCAAGCUGGAAGUGAUGGUGGCAGGCCGUUCAUUGCUUUCAUCUUAGGGGGACCUGGGAGUGGGAAAGGAACACAAUGUACUAGGAUUGCUUCAGAUUUUGGAUUUGCUCAUGUGAGUGCUGGCGAUCUUCUGCGGAAUGAAAUUUCUUCUGGUACUGAUAAAGGGGAGUUAAUCCUAGAGAUAAUAAAGGAAGGGAGGAUUGUUCCAUCAGAGAUAACUGUUGAACUGAUCAGAAAAGCAAUCGAAUCAACCACUGCUAAAAGGGUUCUUAUUGAUGGUUUCCCAAGGUGUGAGGAAAACAGAAUUGCCUUUGAAAAGAUAACAGGAACUGAACCAGACCUUGUGAUAUUCUUCGACUGUCCUGAGGAUGAGAUGGUUAAACGUCUCCUAGGCCGUAACCAGGGACGAGUUGAUGAUAACAUUGAGACAAUCAAGAAGCGUCUAAAAGUGUUUGAGAGUUUGAAUAUUCCUGUUGUUGAGUACUACUCUUCAAGGGGGAAAGCUCACAAGAUAAAUGCAACUGGAACUGAAGAUGAAAUCUUUGAAGCAGUUCGCAAGCUGUUUUCGUCCUUAAGGCUAUGAAGAGGCUGUUGUUAGCUUCCAUGCAUACAAGAGAACUGCGCCUCGCGGAAGUUCUACAUUUUCUUUCAACAUAUUUAGCAUAAUAAUUGUACAUAUGCGAUAUAUGCAAUCCCCCUUUGAAACAGAAGACUUUGGGAAUUGUUCAACCUGUUAUGAUAAAUUAUAACCUUGGGCUCUUGUCGCAGACGGGCGGCACUAUGUUCUUCUGGCAAAACCCUUAUGAUAAAUCCGGCCUUACCAACGCCAUACAACAUAUGUCUGCUGUCACCAGAAUAUAACUGUAUGAUAAUGAAGAUGUAUGCUGCCGUGCUUGGCUGGUGACGUUU